AUAAAUUUUACCUUCCUUUGUCAUAUAGUUACAUCGGUAUUUUCCUAUCUGACUGUGAAACAAAAUGGCGUUGAAAUUACUUUUCAGGGCAUUAUCAUUAUGUUGUGUCAGUUUAUUAAUAACAAAUGCUGAAGGUCUGGUGACGUUCAGUGCAAACCACGGCCCAAAGCUCGACCUGCUGGAGGGGAAUACGGAGGGUCGGCGGUACGAAGGCUACUGCUGGGCGGUGGCCCUCGGGGAACAGCCGCUUCCGGUCGGCCACUGGCUCGAGUUCAACAUCACGGAACGCGAGUGUUGCUGGCUAGCGAACAUGAAUGUCGGCAUCUCUUAUACGUCACCAGAUGAUAUUCCCCUUGGGGACUUAGUUCUCUGUGAGGAUAACGUCAGUAUGGCGCUUAACUAUACGGAAGUGUUUGUGUUUGAGAGGUUUUAUUCGGAGGAGAAUGUUUACCGUUUUCGCGUUGAUCACCAUGGCAACGCCUUUCUGACCCCGAACGUUACAGAGGAUGGAUUGGUGUUCAGCGGCGUUGACGUUAGCAGACCGUUCUGGCCUAUAUUUAAUGUGUUCGGUGAUACAAAAGCUAUACGACUGUUGAAUGUGACGGCUGACGAGUACGAGGAUGCCGUUUUCUGAUAGCUGUUGAACCGUUCAAAGAACAUGUAAACAUAACAAAUCCUCCUACGAAAGUGGUCAAAUGAGAUAAUUAUUUUUUAACAAUUUCAUUGCAAUACA